ACCGAUAGUAUCGCUUGAAAUCCAUGUUUUUGCAGCUCUAAUUUUUUGUGCGGUGGCGUCUAAUUGUCAACUUUUUACGUUCUUAAUUGGCCUAAACAAAGCAAUUGCACGAUGUUGAGCCGGAAGCGCCGGGCGAGCAGCAUAUCCAGCCGCCAGGACGAGGAUCCGCUGCAGCUGGACGACUCGACGCCGGAACAGUCGCCGGUGCAGCAGACGACUACACAAUCGGCGCGAAAAAAGCGCCGCUUGGAUCCCUCGGAGCUGUGCCAGCAGUUGUACGACUCGAUUCGGAAUAUUAAGAAGGAGGAUGGCUCCAUGCUGUGCGACACGUUUAUCCGGGCGCCCAAGCGCCGCCAGGAGCCCUCCUACUAUGACGUGGUGGUGAAUCCCAUAGAUCUGCUCAAGGUACAGCAGAAGCUAAAGACGGACUCUUACGACGAUUUGGAUGACCUGAUGGCGGACCUGGAGCUGCUCAUUGGCAAUGCCAAGGCCUUCUACAAGCCGGACAGCUGCGAGUACCAGGACGCCGUCUCUCUGUGGCAGCACAUCCAGACGCAAAGGCAGCGUAUUCUGGAGGCCAAUGGCCUGGCGGAGGAGGAGCCGCGCGCCAGGCGCAUGUCGCGGCAGGUGCGUCGCAUGACCAGCAGCAUGGAGCCUGGCAACGACACUACGGCGACGGAUGACGAGUACAAUCAGUACGAGGAGCUCUUUGCCACCAUUAUGACCGCCACCGAUCCGGUGAACGACAGGGCUAUGCAUCGCAUGUUCCAGCUGCUGCCCUCGAAGAAGAUUUACCCCGACUACUAUGAUGUGAUUGAGCAUCCCAUUGACCUGCGCCUGAUUGCCACCAAGAUACAGAUGAACGCCUACUCGUCGCUGUUGGAGAUGGAACGGGAUCUGCUGCAGAUGACCAAGAACGCAUGUUUGUUCAAUGAGCCCGGGUCGCAGAUCUACAAGGAUGCCAAGGCCCUGAAACGCAUCUUUACGCAGAGGCGUAUCGAGAUGGAGACGGGCAAGGGCAAGCUGGCCAAGAGGGUCAAGAGUCUGUCCAGUGCGGCUAUAGCAGCUCUUAAAGAAGAAGUAGACAGUACGGACGACGAGGAGACGAGCAAAAAGGGUGAAGGUCCCAUGUGGGCACUCUUCGAUCAUCUGUACAACGCACCAGGCACCUCUGAGCAUCCGGGUGUGACUGGCCCUCCUCUCGGCAACUCCCUCUGGAAGCUGCCAGUGCGUCGCUUCCAUCCCGAGUACUUUGAACUCAUCAAGCGACCCAUAUCCAUGAGCCAGAUCCACACCAAGUUGAAGAAGGGCGACUAUGCCAACAUCAGUGAUCUCACCGCCGAUCUGUAUCUCAUGCUGGACAACGCCAAGAAGGCGUUCCCUGCCAGCCACCGCACCCACAAGGAUGCCCUCAAGAUGCUGCGGCUGAUGAAUGCCAAACUGGUAGAGGAAUCCCUAGAGGAGACCAGUGACUUGGAGGAGGAUGAGGCGGACGAUGUGGACUCUGAGGUAUUUGCGGUCAGCACGCAGCCGGAACGUCGCAAGCCGGGGAGACCGCGCGUCAACUCCAACUCCAACUCGAAUGCCUCUCACACGCCGAAUAACUCGAAUUCCCCCAAAUCCAAUCGCAUUGCCAUCAAUGCGGCGAUCAAGAAGAAGAUCCUGAGCAUACAAAAAUAUCUGGUGGACUACUCGGUGGGCAAUCGUCGGCCCAUUGAGAUGUUUAUGGAGAAGCCGCCACGGAAGGUGUACCCGGAUUACUAUGACAUUAUUCAGAAUCCCAUUGACAUGAACACCAUUGAGCACAACAUACGCACAGAUCGCUAUGCCACCGUGGAGGAUGUGGUGUCUGACUACCGGCUCAUGUUCUCAAACUGCCGGCAGUACAAUGAGGAGGGUUCCAACAUCUAUGAGGAUGCCAAUACCCUGGAGAGGGCUCUAAACGAGAAGCUGAAAGAGUUCCCUGGCUUGGUGGAGGUGAAGAAGCCCCUGCAAAAGUACAGUAAGGUGGGCAGGAAGCCAAAGAUAGCUGUAAUCUCGGAUCGACUGUGGCAGUUCUACGAAACAGUAAGGGAGUACCAGGAACCCAAGGGCAAAAGGCAGCUGUCGCUGAUCUUCACAAAGCUGCCUUCAAAGAACGAGUACCCGGAUUACUACGACAUCAUCAAGGAGCCCAUAGACAUGGAACGCAUUGCCCAGAAGCUAAAGCAAGGAGCUUACGAGAGUCUGGAUGAGUUGGCGGCCGACUUCCUGCUAAUGCUGGAGAAUGCCUGCAAGUACAACGAGCCCGAUUCGCAAAUCUACAAGGAUGCGCUGGUUUUGCAGCAGUUGACGCUGCAGCUAAAACAGCAGCUGCGCAUUGAAAGAGACUCGCUACCCGAUGUUCCUCUGGCUGUUCAAGAGCUAUUCCUGACCCUGUUCACCACCUUGUACAAUCACCAGGAUGAGGAGGGACGCUGCUACUCCGAUUCCCUAGCCGAGCUGCCCGAGUACGAUGAACUGGGUGAGGGGCACAAAGUGCGUGGCAUCUCCCUGGAUCUGAUCAAGCGUAGGCUGGACAAGGGUGCCUAUAAGCGACUGGAUAUCUAUCAGGAGGAUAUAUUUGCUUGCCUGGAGAGAGCAAGAAAACUAUCCCGCACAGAUUCAGACAUUUUCCAGGACUCCAUUGAGCUGCAAACUUAUUUUAUCCGCAAAAGAGACGAGAUUUGCAAGGAUACCCUCAGCUCUCCGGCUCUCAGCUUCACUCUGGAACGCCUGCUGGCGGAUGUGGAGGUAAGUCGCCAGCAAAAGGCCCAGCAGGAGGAGCAGGAUCAGGAGCAGGACAAGGAGAAGGAUGAGUUCAACGGGGCCAAGGGCGAAAGCAUGACAAUCAACCAGCAGGUUUACUCCCCCGGUGACUACGUCUACGUGCAGAUGCCGGAGAACAAGAUCCCCUCCAUAGCCAGCAUAGAGCGCCUCUGGACAUCGCCCACCAACGAGAAGCUAAUGCAGGCCUCGAUCUUUGUAAGGCCGCACGAGACCUACCACGUGACCACCCGCAAGUUCCUCGAAAAGGAGGUCUUCAAGAGCAGCAUCUCGCAGACUAUCUCCAUGGACAAGGUCCUGGGCAUGUGCUAUGUGAUGAACAUCAAGGACUAUAUCAAGAUGCGUCCGGAGAGGUUGCCCGAGAAGGAUGUGUUUGUCUGCGAGUCGCGCUACAACAUCCAGGCUCGCUGCUUCAAGAAGCUCAAGAGUUGGCCGCCGAUGCGCGAGGGCAGCUCCAUUAAAUUUGUGCCGCGCGAGCAGCCUCUAGAGCUGAAGCGCGUGAUGUCCGUGUUCAAGGAGCGCCUGGAGAAGCACAAGGGCGAGCUGGAGGAGCUCAAACUGCAGGAAACGCUGGUGGAGAAGGAGAAGCCCAAUGUCUCGUGCGAUCCGCCGCCGAAUGCCGAGGACAGCAGCGUCUACUAUCAGCAGUACAACACCGUCUGCAGUGGAGCCAUCAAAACGGGCGACUUUGUGUACGUGGCCACCCAAACCGGUAAGCAGUCGGUGGCCCAGGUGCAGCAGAUAUGGGAGCAGAAUGGCAAGUCCUACUUCAAGGGCCCCUGGCUAUUACCUCCCAGCGAGACCACGCCCGGCCUGGGCAAGCAGUUCUUCCGUCAGGAACUGCUUUUGAGCACAGUAGAGGAGGUCAGUCCUGUGGUGGGCAUCGUAGGGCGCUGUGCCGUCCUCGAGUAUGCUGAAUUUAUCAACUCCCGGCCCACUGAGAUAUCCGAGAGUGAUGUCUACAUCUGCGAGUCUGUCUACGAUGAGCUGAAGAAGGCUCUGCGCAAGCUAGUGGCCGGCAACAUGCGCAAGUUCCAGCACAGUCCUGCCGUCACCGAAGAUGAGAUCUUCUAUUUCAAGACGCCCAUUAAACCAGCCAAGGAUGUGAAGAACGAGAUUAAUGAGCUGGGCAUGCUGGAGGACUCCAUGGACGGGGACACGCCAUCGCUGAGCUCGGACAUUGCGGCCAUGUCCUCGCCGGCUCCUUCGGUGAACUCAACGCCACUAACCUCCAAGAUCAAGGCGGCCAAGUCGGCCAAGAAAUGCCUCACCGGCUACAUACUCUACUCGAGUGAAGUCCGAAAAAGCAUUUGCCAGAGCAAUCCGGACGCCACCUUUGGAGACAUAUCUCGGAUGGUGGGCACCGAAUGGAAGAAUCUCCCCUCCAGCGCCAAGCAGAGCUGGGAGGAUCGCGCCAGCAGGCAGAACGAGGAGACGGCGGCCAUGCGCCGCGAGCUGGACGAUGCCCAGAACAGCGCCAGUCCCUCCCCUCAGGUCUCGCAGGAUGGACAGGGUCUGAUCUUUGAGUGUCAGUGGGACAAGUGUGACUAUCAGUUCGAGGAGCUAGGGGAUUGCACCGAGCACUGCAUGUCGGAUGCCAGUGGGCAUAUACAGCGUCAUCCGCAGGCAGGCGUGGAGAUGGAGUACGUGUGCCUGUGGCGCAAUUGUCCAAGGAUCAAAAAGUCCACCCAGGCCUUCCCCAAUGUCCUGCGGCUCGUCAAGCAUGUGCGCGAGGUGCACCUGAGCAAGUGCGGCAAGCAGUUGUCUGCCGGCGAGCGCAGCAAGAACUUUGUUUCACGCCGGCACAAAAAUGCCACACUGGCCACCACAGUGCCCAUUCCCUCUAGCAACUCGCAAUCUCCUCGUGGACCGAACAACCACGAGGCAUCCAUGCAUCUCCAGCACCAGCAGCAACACCAUCAUCAGCAACAGCAGCAGCUCAUGCACCAGCAUCCGCAGCAACAGACAAUCGUUUUGGGACCGCCCCCAGAGCCCCUGUUCGUCACCGUGCCACCGCGCACCACUCGCGUCAUCCACUCGGAGGCGUACAUCAAGUACAUCGAGAGCCUGCAGACGGGCAGCCACCUCAAUGUGGCCACCUGUCAGAACAACUGGCGCCGGGCCAUGACCCAUGUCACGCCGGCGCAAGUGGUAGCCAAGGCGCCGCUGCCCGAGCACUGGCUGGGACCUAAUCUACGCGACCAGGAGAAUGUGGUGCAGGCCCUGUGCCACCUACGCAACUUCAUGCUUGACGAUGUGCUGCAAAUACGCCGCAGCUGCAACUAGCCAAUCGUAAUCCUCUUAUAAGCCCAAAGCGUUCAGAGUUCGAUGUUAAAAUAUAAACAAAAACCAA